AUGGAAAUAACUGAUCCGAACCUCGGGAUGCUCUCCCUUCUACCAGCAGAGGUCCGGACAAUGAUAUGGAAGCACUUCUCACCCCAGCUACAUGUCAGCCGGUCGCUUCCCAGGAAACCAAAUCACCUCUCACGAGACCAGGAAAUCCUCCUUGCAAGCCGCAAAAUCUACGCAGAAGUAGCCGCCGAAGUACCUUCUGGUUACAAUGAUGACACGAUAGUAAUAUCUGUCAGACCAGAAUAUCGAUACAAAUCGUGGAUAAAAGCAAAAACCACUAAAGGAGUGCAAUGGGAUCUAGAGGACCUAUCAGACGCCACUUCCAGGGGCUUCUGUGACCUACCUUGGCAUAGCCUAAACGUUCAAAUUUGGAUCUGGGCCCCGCAUAGAAAAGUCAGUGCCCAAAUCAUCUGUCUUUACAAGAAAGUUCGAGCCCUUGUUGAGAUACUCAAGGGGGCGAAGGGAUUUAUGUCUCUCUGGGUAGUUUUCGGGCAUACGACGAAGACGAGCUGGUUCGACGAUGCCCAGCCCCAGCGGUCGAUCAAAAACAAGUCCGAUUUAUUGCCAUGGGCAGGAGAAAUCCCAUGGGCAAAAUGGGACUACCAGUUUAUCUUCCCGCUGUUCCUACAAAUCCGGAACGUGAAGAUGGCUAGAAUGUAUUCUACGGAGAUGUUCGAGGGAAAACGGGAGAACCUGAGGAUGGGCGAGGCAUUUAUGCAUGCACAAGGGAUCAUGAGGAAAACAACACCUUAUGGAUUGCGGGCAGAUCCAGAUCGGUAUCAGGGUAAACGAAUCGAGGAGCACCUUGACGUCCUCUUCAUGAUGGUAGAGCGCAUAUUGGAUGUCUUGCCGACGAAAACAGCAAAUAUGCUCCGCCUGGACCGCUUCAGCUCUUGGUAUACAGACAAGCUGCAUGGCAACUCGCCUUACGAGAAUGAACUCAAGAAAUUGUUACUCGAUGACGUGCAAGGACACGAUACGCUGAGCUCAAUGAACAAAUGGUACCGGAUCAUGAGGGCGCACAACCCAUUGUCGCUUGCAUAUCGAAGCGCUUUCCCGGAGACCUUCGAUUCAACCAAGCACCCGGAUAUCGAUGCGAGAGGUUGGAAUCGAGACGCAUGGCAUUGUGUUUACAGACACGGUAUUCCACCUCUGAACAGCAAGGAGACUGACAAGAGGUAUCGGAAGUGGACCAUGGAAUAUGACGCUCCAGAAAACGGCGGGGAGUUCGUGAAGUUGCAAAGCUAUUUUUCUUUGCUUAUUGCAAGAAACCCGGUGCUCGAUUCCUGA